GCUAGAUGUGGGAAAUUUAAGUGGUAUGAUACGAUAGUUGCAUACUCUGCGUCACAGUUCACUGUUGGCGAUUGCUUUCAAGGGGGGUUGCCUACUAUAACUGGUUACGGUAGCGUAACCAAAGUCCAGGGUUGAAUUCAUCACCGAGCACCAUUGGCUGACUAUGCAGGGCCCCUUGUAUUAUCCAUGAUAGUGAAGGCGCUGCUUGAGAUCUCAGGGGCCAUCUUGCUGGAAGAUGCUACGAAAAGAAUCCCAGUUCACCACUCGUGGUGGCUGAAUAACGUUGCUCUUGCAUCGGCUUGAUCCAAUUAUUCUGUUUAUCUUCCUUCCACAGCUUGCGUUCGCAACAGCAACGAAGGGCUCACAAUGAGUUUCCCCAAUACAUCGCCGUACCAUCUGCCCCCAGAUGCUGUGUGGUUCAUCACUGGUUGCUCCUCCGGGAUUGGUCUCGCUCUGGCUCAUCUAUUAUCACAGAGCUCCUACCGGGUGGUCGCCACGGCACGUAAGAUAGCUAGUUUGUCGGAAAUUCCCGAUAAUGACAACGUCCUGAAGCUAGAAUUGGAUGUGACUGCUACCAACGCAAUCGAUGAAGCCCUAAAAGCUACACUAGAUAAGUUCAGAAGAAUUGAUAUAGUUGUCAACAAUGCAGGCUACACUCUUUCUGGAGAUACUGAGGUCACCAGUGAGCAGGAAGCUCGAGCUAUCAUGGACACUAAUUUCUGGGGAAUGGUCAAUGUUAGCACGAGAUGCCUGAGGAUUCUGAGGGAAGAAAACCCUAAGAGCGGACAGCAAGGCGGCGUGAUCCUAAACAUGAGUUCUAUGGGAGGCUACAUCGGUUACCCGGGACAAGCGUUCUAUCAUGCUACUAAGUUCGCUAUGGAAGGUUGGACUGAAUCAGUUUCUAAGGAGCUUCCGCUAGCAUGGAAUAUUCACAUGUGCAGCCUUGAGCCGGGAGGAGUAAAAACCAACUUCGCAACCUCGUCUUUGAAAUCCGUGGCCAAAAGGCACCCAGCUUAUGCAGAUCCUAGUUACCCGGCUAAGCAAUUACUUGAUUAUAUCAAGUCCGAACAAGGCCGCGCUUUUUGGGCGGAGCCUAUGGCACUGGCGAAGGCGAUAUUGGAACUCGUUAGUCGUGGGCAACGAAUCCCAAUCCGACUUCCCCUGGGGCCUGACGCCUGGGGCAUGGUCGUCAAAGAUGUUGAGAGUACUCAAAAGGAGCUGGAAGAGUUCAAGGACCUCAGUUUGUCUGUGGGUGAUUCGAAGCAGUUGGAGACUAUCGGUUUCUUGACGAAGUCAUAAUCUCAGCUGGGAGGGGAAGACACAGAGGUGCGCAUCGAUGAAAGCUCAGUGACUGUGUAUAGAAUGCGCUUAGCCAGAACCCGCCCACCCAUACAAGAGUCAUCACCGCGUGGCGUUUUCUAUAUCAAAACGGCGUUAUCGUUAUAUGAGAAGGCAUCAUUUUAGGCAUUAACCUGAGUACAUGAUCUCCGGGUUGAGAGCAUUGUUGUAAUCGUGACUAUAUGUGUUAUCAGUCCUGAGAUUUUUGCAAAGCAACACCACAGAGCCAUACUUGAUGAGAGAAUGUCUCAUCAUCAAUCAUGUGAUACACUCCCUUUCCAGAUAUCGUUCUUAGGACUGUUACGAGAUUUGUUACACAGGCGUUACGAAAGCUCUCAUUGUAACGUGCAUAAAUUCUGCAUAAGGUAAGAUUGUAGCUUUUCGCUUUUCGCUUUUCAGCAGUAGAUAAGAGUUGUAUGUCGCGCUCGAACAAAAAAAGGUCCCUAUCUGUUGUCGCUUUCAGACGCUCAACUGAGACGGAGUACGCGUACAACACAAUCAGCUGCUGCGGCUGAAAGUCUCAAGGCACACACUGGGGGCGGAGACCUGCCCGCUAGAAGCCGUAGAACGUUUUAGGGUCGCUAAGGGAGUCGAUGGUGAGAUG